AUGGCUACACCAGUUGGAGGCGCUCAAUCUGCGCAUAAUUCUAGCGACUCCGUGAACGGACGCAACCCGACUAUACCUGCCAUUCCCGCAGUCAAUGGCGGCGCAGCAUUCAACCCAGACCAUUCGCGCAAGCCGUCCAUGACCGUCACUCCCGCGGGCGCAAAUUUCAACCCCAAUGGCAGUGCAGCUGCUGCUCAGAACAAACCCAACGUGCAGUUCGGUAACAUCUCCGCCCAGGGUGGUUCGCCUGCGAUGGGAAAUCCUGCGGUAGCACACCAGAGCAAUGCUAGCCUUGGCGUUAAUCAACUCAAUCCUAACCAGAGAGCAGCCUCGCCUCAGGGCUCACCCUCUCCUAUCCCUCAACCCAAAGAGAUGAGUGGUGGACGUCCUCCUUCCACCUAUGGCAGUCAAGGCAAUGGCAUGGUCUUCGGUGCGCAAGGCGACCAAGGUGAUGCUGCAGGCCAGCCACGACCUGUAUCCAGCCUCCAAUUUGGAAACCACGAUCGCCGCGGUUCGUCACACUCGAUGCACAGCGACAUCGGCGGUCCUCCCACAGGACCCGGCAAUAGGAACUUCGCCACGCCUGGCGGUCGAGGCAGAGGCGGUUAUCCUGGCGGUGGUUACGGACAACAAAUGCAACACUCUCCUUACAACUCUUACCGCGGUCAGCCCAAUGGUCGUGGUAUGCCAUCAGGCUAUCCUGGCCGUGGCCAAGCCGUUCCUGGCUAUGUUGGAGGAUCCCCAGGCAUAGGCACCCGCAGCCCUGCGAUGAUGAACGCUCAGCCGAAUACACCUCAGCAGAUGCACAUGAACAUGGCUCCCAACGGAAUGCAAGGACCACCGGGCCCCUACUAUUUCCAAGGACCCCAACAAGUAAAGCCCCCUUUCCUUCCCCCUCCCACUUCUGAGCCGACUCGAGGCAAGAAGAGUAAGAAUCGUGGUUCUAUCCGUGGUACGGGUGGUCGUGGUCGAGCUGGUAAAGGUUCGCACGAGGACCAACCUCGUUCGAGCCGUGAUCCCGCUUCCAACUACUAUCGCCCGGAUCUCCCUUCUGGUGUUCCGCUUUACUCCUUCCCUGACCUCUCACCCGAGAGUGGCAAUUUUGAGAAUCUUCUAACCAAGCACUCACAGGGCAUUCCCACUCACCCUGAUCCUAGCAUUCAAUCGAUGUACUCCAUGAACAUGGCGUACACACCCAUGCAGGGUCAAUUCAACUACAUGCCGCCCCAGUCUCCUCGACCUUAUCAACAGGGCUAUCCUAUGCAGCCUACCUACAGCAACCAGGGUCAGCCCCCAAACAUGUCACGUACCUCGUCACAGAUGUCGAACGCCCCUGAUCGGCCAGGUUCGAGUAUCGGCCAACAACCUCAUACGCCAUCCGUGUCCACUCCUUCGGUGCCAUCGCAUGCCAACGCUCGCACCCCCAGCAUGUCUCAAGGACAGAAGCCUGGUGCAAAUUUCACAAUUCCCGACAAGACAAAACGAAGUGCAAUUGUCAUCAAGAACCCCAACACCGGCGAGGCUGUGAGCUUCAAAGAUAAGGCGCCUGCCUCUCCUGCACCCACUCCUAGUUCAUCUGCUGCCCCGGCGGCACCGGCCGUUACUCCCUCCGUUCCGACCCCUCCCAGUCGCACUCCCAGCGCCGUUGAGCCCACUCACAUUCGCACAGAGAGUGUUAGCGCCAAGACAGAGGAAGAGAAGAAGAGAGCAAUGCAAGAGGCUGUCAAGGAGAGAAUUGCUGAACAGGCCAAGCAGGAUGCCAAGCAGGGCGAAACAGUGCAAGAGAAGUCCGAGAUCGACAAAGAAGCCAGUGAUGCGGCGAAGGUCGAGGCGGAGGCCGCUAAAGCUAAGGCCGAAGCUCUUGAACAGGAGGCCGUCGCUGCUGCUGCCGCGGACAAGAAGGCCGACGCUCCUGAACCCGAGGUCACUCAGCAGCCUGUCACAAGCGAGGCUCCCACUAAAUCGACACCCGCUGCUGCUGGUGACGACGACGAGAUCGACUUUGACGCGAUCGAGGCUGAGAUGGCUGCCCAGGAAGCUGAAGAAGCAAGACGCGAAGAAGAAUACCAGAAGAAGAAGGCGGCCGACAAGGCCAGACAGGCCGAGCGCGAGAAGGAAGAAGCCGAAGCUUACGAGGCCAACAUCAAGAAAAUGGAACGUGAAGCUGAAGAGGCCGAGCUCGCUCGUGAAAAGGAACGCGAAGCUGGCAAUACUGGUGACGACGAGGCUAAGCGGAUGUUCGCCGAACUCAAGGGCAUCAAGACGCCUGCCUCCAGCGAGACUCCUGCUGCUGCCAGCCCAUCAGGGCCCAGCGGUACCGCCACCCCUGUCUCGGAUGCCUCCAUGCCUCCACCUGCUCGCGGUCUCGGUCCGAAGCGUGGCAAGGCUGCCGAACUUACUCUUGAUACAAAGAAACCGGUCGAACCACCUGAGCCAAGUGCCACACUCAAAGCAUUGCAGUCGGCGAAGAAGCUCGAGGACCUUUCAAAGGUCAACUACCCCACCGAUAUCGCCUCGCCCAACGCGGCCCUUAACCAGAACGCACCCGCAGACCGCGGCUUCAAGUACGAUAAGACCUUCCUGCUACAGUUCCAGAGCAUCUUUAAGGAGAAGCCCUCGCUCGAUUGGGACACUAGAAUCAGAGAUGCCUUGGGCGAGGGCGAUUCGGCUCGACCUUCGGCAUCUGCCAGAACUCCAUCAGGACUUGGUGGUCGCCAACCUUCAAAUCGUCCUUCUGCUGGACCAGGAGGCUUCGGUGGCCCCAUGGGCUCGUUUGGUGGCGGCGGAGCGCGACCUCUGCCCCCAAAUACAACUUCCGAGCAACGCUUUGCAAUGUCGACUGCGGCGAUGCGCGGCGGUCCAAUUGCCAAUCCUUUCGGUCGGCCCGGUGGCAUGGCCAUGGGUCGUCAGCCUUCCAAUAAUGUCCCUGGUUCCCCACGUGUCGGUGGUAGUAGCCGAGGCGGCUCGCGUGCUGAGAGCAAGCGCAACAAGCACGGUGGCAAACACGGCGCUGAGGACAACAAAUCGAUGCCUCUAACUGCUGGCAUGAAUGUGACUGCUCUAGAGACCUCAUCCAGCGGCUGGAAACCCCGCAGCGUUGGACAACAAGUUUCUCUUGGACCCGUUGUUGGCGGUGAAGGUCACCUCGACCCUGAGACUGUCCAGCGCAAGGUCAAGGCUGCUCUCAACAAGAUGACUCCCGAGAAGUUCGAGCGCAUUGCCGAUCAGAUCCUGACCAUUGCUGCCCAAUCGAAGGAUGAAUCAGAUGGUCGCACACUACGUCAAGUUAUUCAGCUAACGUUCGAGAAGGCGACUGAUGAGGCUCACUGGGCGUCCAUGUACGCUAUGUUCUGCCGCAAAAUGCUUGAGAGCAUGAGUGUCGACAUAAAAGAUGAGAAUGUCAAGGACAAGAACGGUAACGUCGUUACUGGCGGCAAUCUCUUCCGCAAAUACCUUCUCAAUCGCUGCCAAGAAGAGUUCGAGCGUGGUUGGAAGGUCAAUCUUCCAGCUCGCAAGGAGGGCGAGUCCGAAGAGGCUGUCAUGAUGUCAGACGAAUACUACGAGGCCAUGGCUGCGAAACGUCGUGGUCUUGGUCUGGUCAAGUUCAUCGGUGAACUUUUCAAGCUUCAAAUGUUAACAGAGCGCAUCAUGCACGAGUGUGUAAAGAAGCUUGUCGAUUACGAAGGUCUUCCUGAUGAAGCCGAGAUCGAGAGCUUGACCAGCUUGCUAAAGACCAUCGGCAAGCAGCUUGAUGAUCCUAGUAGCAAGGGUGCGGCGCGCAUGGACAUCUACUUCGAGCGCAUCAAGACCACCAUGGAGAUGCCCGAACUUCCAAGCCGUCUUAAGUUCAUGCUCCUGGAUAUUAUCGAUCUCCGCAAGAACGGCUGGAUUUCCAAGGAUGACAACAAAGGCCCGAAGACCAUUGCCGAGAUUCGCGCUGAAGCCGAGCGACAAGCGCAGGCGAAUGAGGCUGCUCGCCUUGCUCAACAGGCCAACCGAGGCAGAGGUGGCGGUCCUCUACACAUGGGUCGUGGCGAUGCCCGUAGCUUCAGUGGCUAUGGUGGUGUUCCUCCUCCCGAUAACUCCAACCGGGUUGCUACAGAUGAUCUCCGACGACUUGGUGCCCGCAGCACACGCAAUGCUAGCAACACCGGCGGCGGCAUGGGUCCGACGCUGGGACCCCGUACCAACAGCGGCCGGCGCGGUCUUGGACCUGGCAGCCUGUUGUCUCGUGGUGCUGAUGACAGUGGAGCUAGCAGUCGGACCGGCACUCCACCCGCAAACAAGGAUAAAGACAAGAAGGAUGAGUCUAGCACGAAUGCAUUCAGUGCACUGGCCGCCCUUGAGAACGAAGCACCUAACUCGCCACCAUCAAACCCAGCCUCACCACCUACCCAGAAGGCACAGCCAUCCAUCGACCGGACGGGAUCCAGAUCGCCGGAAAAGACAGCCGAAUGA